GCUUCUCCUUUCAGCUUUGUCAUGUCUGAAUGCUCUAAAACCGAAAUUAAAUCUCCUCCCUAACACAAGUAAACCGGACUAGCCUGGAACAGCAGACAGCGAUUUAUUUAGUCAUGGCCAGAAACGCAGCCCUUCUCUGUUCGAGCUCCUCCGCGGUGUGUUGACGCAGAUUAGUCCAGAUGGCAGAAGUCAGAAACUGUUCCGCAGAGAGGACAUCCGGUGCUUUAUAGCAACGCUCACAGGCCUGUCUUAGCGAUUUAGAGAAGACAAAGUAGAUGCUUCUCGAAGCAUGGAUGGGACUGUCGUCUUGUUACUGGACGAAAAGAGUAUAAUCUUGCAGGCUUUGGUCUUCCCCGCUGGAUCCUACAGGAAAUGAGGGCUCGGCUAUGGUGAUUCUGCUGCAGCUGCGCGGCUCGUGCUUUGUCGUUUUCAUCUCUCGAGAACGACUCUUAUAGACGCUAACGACCACAUCUGGCUUUUCUUACUUUUUUAAAGGAAUAUACCGUUUACGUCGACAGUAAAAAGGUGGUACUUCAGAUUUGAUCUCUGGGGACAUGAGCUGACUCCAGGCUGGCCUGGCUAUUGUGUUGUGGUCUGUGCAAAAUACUCCCCCCUUCUACAGACACACUCAUACACGUACACACUCAUAGCCACACCUGCACAUACUGACACCUGGUUUUAGCAGCGUGGCGGGCAGUGAGGCUGAGCGUGAUGGCUCAGAGGGGCAGGGCCGUGUGCCUUUGCGCCACAGAGCACUGGUGAGUGUGGGAGUGCUGCUGAUGGCCCUCGGUGUUGUCCUCAUGAUGUUUGCUACAGUGUACACUGUUGCAUUUGGAGCUGCCUUUGCUGCACUUGGCUUUGGUGUUCUCAUCUGGUCCUUCUGCAGAGUGAUGAAGUCCAGCAACCCUAACAUGACCAUCCCAGGUCACUUCCUGCUGACCUCGCGCACGGGCACCCAGUACACAUAUGAGCAAGCCAUCGCUUUGCAGAGGAGGCUGGACAGGAUCCGCAGAGCUUCAGCAGAAGAGCGGCGCUCAGCCCAGAUCUCCCCUCCAAUACUCCCCGGUCUCCACAGCCUACCUGGAACGCCACCUCCCUGGGACAUGGAGCCUCCACCAUCCUAUGAGACUGUCAUGAAGACCACCACACUCCCACAGCCAGCUAUGAUUAUGACUCAGUCGUUCUGACCACUUGAGAACAAUGAUAACCAAUUAGGUGCUAAUGAGAGCUAAGUGCUGAAUCCCAGGCUGUAUGUUUUCAGUAUUUGUUCCAAAUCACUCAGGCAGUUUGAAAACCAUAAGUGGCCAUUAUGAGCUCGUCUGAUUAUAUCCAGUAAGUAGCAUUGCCUCAUCAAUGGCUUCAUGCUAGUUAUAUGACUUUUUAUUACCUAAUAAUACCAAGUAACUUGCAACUUUAAUCCUAUGUGGAAAUGUGUCUACGUUUUUACUCCUUAGAAGUGCCCCUGACAUAGAAAUCCCCAGCAGAGUACAUUUUUCUUCAGAGUAAAUGCUUUGUUGCCCAAAAAGUUUAGAGCCAUUGAUAAAACUCUGCUAAAAGUGGGACAGGAGUCAAUUUUAUGGCUGAUAAAUAAACUGACUGUUUUUUUUGGGGGGGGUUGUACUUUAAGUACACAAUAUUCAGGGAGUUCUUUUGGUUUGGUUUCUCCUUCGACGAUGGGCAAAAAAAGUUAGGAAACAACUUUUUGCCCAUUUCUGUUCUCGACAAAGUGAAAGUGUGUAAAAAUAAUUUGGGGAUAUUUGCCGUCUACUGCCUGUUUCCAUCCAAUUCUCCUUUUAUCGAUAAAAUGGUGUGCGUGAUGAUGUCAUCCUUUAAAAAAAAACAAAUUGUCGCAUAAGUUUUGGUGUAUCGCAAAAUAAAUCUGCCCUUGAGCCGGUUAUAUACAUCAUUUUGUGUAGAUCACAAAUUGUGUAUACCUUUCGCGUCCCGCGUGUCCUCAAAUCAUGGGAAAAUAGAGAGUAUUGAGAUAAUGAAACAAAAUUGACCAGCUUACUUUCAUUUUAAUUUCACAAAUAAUUGCAGUUGUAUGAAAUAUCAGAGGACGAGGUCAGAAUGGAGCAGCUGCUCGUCUGAUAGUAUGCUGAAGUCCAUGGGCAUAGCCGGAGUGGCUCAUCAGGAGAAUCGGGAGAAUUCCCAGUGGGCCGCUCAUAAAUUUGGCUCAUAAAAUAAGCUUGUGUUACAUUAUUGUGUGACUGAUAAGGAAAGUAAUGAAUUACACUUCAUUUGUAUUUAAAGCAGCGCAUCAGUUACUUAUGCAUAAAAAGUGCCGUUUUCUCACGUUACUUGGCUCAACACGUGUUCUCUCUCUCUCUCUCUCUCUCUCUCUCUCUCUCUCUCUCUCUCUCACAUACACACACACGCAAAUGCGUGUACUCAGGUCGUUACCAUGGAGAUACCAAAAGUAUAUUUCUUACUGUAAUACUUCAUAUUUGUUUGAAUGCAAACAAACAUUUUUUCAUAAUGUUACAUUUGGACUUUUAUAACAGAAAACAAUACUCAGUAUGUCAUUUGUUAUUUAUCUUUAUAUUCUUGUUGAAACACAUCAGUAAUAAAUAUAACGGGAUAGUAAGAACUGAACUGCCACUUCAUUUAUCAGAGUUCUUCCACCCCGAAAAAAAGGGCUGGUCUUGGGCAUUAAACUCCCGAGGUGAAAAUGGGUCCCACUCCGGCCCCGCCCAUGGUGGAGGUAGUGUUGGAGAGCUGCGCCCAUCACAGAUUAGCACCAAUCACUGGUUUUGACCUGAAAGCGGAUUGCUCUCGCCCUGCUCAAGCUGGCAUCCUGCACCGACACUACAGUGUUGCAGUGGGGAAACCUUCGGGGUUAGUAAAACGACUGUCCAUCGAUGUGUAUGUGUGUGUGCACAGCUAAUAAAGAAAAACUAAUGCGGCGUUAUAUCAGGCUGCUAAAUGUAGUGGGAGACCAAAAAAAUUUCAAUGCACUAAAACUUUUUUUUUGAAAAAAAAAAAAAAAAAACCUUGGAUGGAAAUGUGGCUAUAGAUUUCCAGCUAUUUUACAACAGGAGAAAAAUAUUUUGUCCGUAUCUCUUUAUAAUGAUCGAGACAAAUAGUUUAAGUAUGUCUUUUAAAAAAAAAAAAUUGAAUGUAGUAGUGGAUAAAGUGGGAAAGUAGUACUCCUCAGGAAAAAAAAACAGAUUUGGCCCUCUGGGGGAAGGCAUUUAUAGAAUCCUAGAGCAAAGAGUUUCCUUCUGAGAAAAACUCUUAACUAUCCAAAGAAUACUUUACAGAAACAUUUUCUUUUCCUAAAAGUGAAUGGCAGCGAAAAGGCUGUAGAUGUGCUUGUAGAACCACAUGCAUAGUCAUAGCUGUCCUUUAAUGACAGAUUUAACAUAAUUCACUUUGGCCGAAUAGUUUCUUUUUAUAGUUGCUUUCUGAGAGGGAAGAGAGGAAGUUCUUCUUUUGAGACAACAUCAGGAAAUGACCCUGACAGUCCCUGAGCUGAGUUUGAAAAAUCAUGUUUCAGAUCCAGAGUAAUGCCUGGUGGGGAAUUUGCAUUUCUACAUUAUAAAGGAGCAAUAUGCACAUUACAGCAUGGGAAACAAUGAUAAUGAAAGAAUAGUAUAAUAUCCCAGAUAGUUAUUGACAGUGCCAAGAACAGUGCUGUUAUGUUGCUAUUAGGAAUGUGUGUGACAGAUUACUUCACCCCAUCUUCCUGACCCUUUACAGACAGUUUCAGAUCAUUGUAGAUACUUUCAUGACAAUCCUGCAGUAUUAAUACCACUACAACACUACGGUGCAAAUGAAAGGGAAUAGAUUUUUGGCUAAGCUGAUAGACAGAUUAGAUUGUAACAAAGUUUGUGUGUUUAUAAUUCGUGUGUGUGUGUGUGUGUGUGUGUGUGUGUUGCUUUACUGGUCUUGCUUUGCUAGCUGAAAGCAUCUUCUAUUAUAACUGUGGAUUUAUCCUGACAGUGGCAUUUUUUUUUUUUUUUAAAUUCUUGGUAGUGCCUUGGACCACUGAUCAGUUUAAUGGCUCAUAAACUUUAACGUCUUGGACCAGCAUGUGUUAUUUAAGAGGAGGACAUUCUUGAUUUUCAUUUUGCCACAAGUUUAUGUAGUGACAUGUUGUAAAAGAAAUGCACUGCCCUGACUGAAUGUAAAACACUUCUCUUUCCCAAUACUUCCCUUCUCAUGUACACUACUUAAUACACAAGCAUAUGUGCCACAGGCAUUUUAAAUCAAAUAUACUUAUUAUAUAUAUAUGUUUGAGUUGUGUAUUUGCUUAACUUUUGUAUAAACCUUUUUCAUUUCACUCUUUGAUAUUUUGAUGUUUAAUGUCAAAUAAAAGAAUUAAAUCAA